CUGUCGCGAGGCCGUUACCAUGGCGGGGGGUUCGGCUCGCGCUACUUUCCGCCCGCUCCCCCCGCCCGCUGGGCUGGCGUUGCUGGUGCUGGUGGUCGGGGGCCAACGGGGGGCCCAAGCUUUAUUGUGCAUGUGCUCUGACUGCAACCAGUCUAAUGCCACAUGUGAAACAGAUGGUGCCUGCAUGGUCUCAAUAACAAACUUGAAUGGGGAGAAGCAUUACGCCCGAACCUGUAUCCCUGAAGUGAAACUGGUUCCUCCUGGAAAACCCUUCUUCUGCCUGAGUUCAGAAAAUGUGCUCAACACACGUUGCUGCUACUCUGACUACUGUAACAAAAUUGAUCUUAUUGCACCCAGUGGACAAAUGAAAGAUGAUGAAACUCCUUCCAGCUGGGGGCCUGUGGAGCUGGUGGCUGUGAUUGCAGGACCGGUCUUCCUUGUGUUUGUUAUUAUGAUCAUAGUAGUUUUUAUCUUUCACCACCACCAACGAGUAUACCACAAUCGUCAACGGUUGGAUAUGGAAGACCCAUCUUGUGAAAUGUGCCUAUCCAAGGACAAAACUCUGCAAGAUCUAGUGUAUGAUCUGUCUACCUCUGGCUCUGGCUCAGGUUUGCCACUCUUUGUCCAGCGCACUGUGGCUCGAACAAUUGUCCUGCAGGAAAUCAUUGGCAAAGGUCGUUUUGGGGAAGUGUGGCGUGGUCGGUGGCGUGGUGGCGACGUAGCUGUGAAAAUCUUUUCUUCACGGGAAGAGCGAUCCUGGUUCAGGGAGGCUGAGAUCUAUCAGACAGUCAUGUUGCGCCACGAGAAUAUUCUGGGAUUUAUUGCUGCAGACAACAAAGAUAAUGGCACUUGGACCCAGUUGUGGUUGGUCUCUGAUUACCAUGAGCAUGGCUCUCUGUUUGAUUACCUCAACCGAUAUACUGUAACUAUUGAGGGGAUGAUUAAAUUGGCUCUGUCUGCUGCCAGCGGACUGGCACAUCUACAUAUGGAAAUUGUGGGCACCCAAGGAAAACCUGGGAUUGCACACCGGGACUUGAAAUCCAAGAACAUACUGGUGAAGAAGAAUGGAACAUGUGCCAUUGCAGACCUGGGUCUGGCUGUCCGCCACGACUCUGUUACUGAUACAAUAGACAUUGCACCCAAUCAGAGGGUUGGAACAAAACGUUACAUGGCUCCUGAGGUUCUUGAUGAAACAAUAAACAUGAAGCAUUUUGAUUCGUUUAAAUGUGCUGAUAUCUACGCCUUGGGCCUAGUCUAUUGGGAAAUUGCUCGCAGAUGCAACUCAGGAGGUAUCCAUGAAGAAUAUCAGCUUCCAUACUAUGAUCUUGUGCCCUCUGACCCCUCCAUUGAAGAAAUGCGUAAGGUCGUAUGUGAUCAGAAGUUGCGGCCUAACAUUCCCAACUGGUGGCAGAGUUAUGAGGCUUUGAGAGUAAUGGGCAAAAUGAUGCGAGAGUGCUGGUAUGCUAACGGGGCUGCACGACUAACAGCUUUGCGAAUCAAGAAAACUCUCUCUCAGCUCAGUGUCCAGGAAGAUGUGAAAAUUUAGUCUGCAAACCCCAUCUUGAGGAAAUUGCACAAAAGCUGCCAUGCUAGAAUUGAUAUGUGGUGGAGAAGGCCUACCUCGAAUUUCUACACAGCCUGCUGCUAUCAACUGGACAACAUGGCCUGCAGGUGGUUAGGUGAGGGGGCUGGACUUCACAGACUUAGCUCUCUUCCUGGUUUGGGAGUGAAAUACAUCUUUUUCUAAACCCCUCCUGUGAGCAUAAAGAGGGGCUUGUAUAGAGAGAUGUUGGCCACAACUGUAACCUUUGUUUCUCUGAUGGAAAUCCCUGUAAAUUCUACUGAUGUGCUGGUUGGGGAAAGCUUUGUGGCUUGGGAGAGGAAAAGACUUUCUCAUGAAUGGAAAGGGGGGCUUGAGGACUGACAUGUACACACAGAAGCCUUGUUUACUCCCCCCCCCUCCACGCCGGUCUCGCCGUGUGAAGCUCCUGGCCCUUUUCUAGCUUGACAGGUCCUAAGCCAGUGCAACCAUUAGUGUUCAACAGUGUGUGCAUGUGCAAAGGUACGUGUCCCUCUGCCCCUUUGGUAUGUAUUGUGUCCACUUGUGCUCCUGUGCAUGUGAAAAUGUAGAACGUCCUCUUGUGAAGUGCAGGUGCUGGUGCCCUCUUUGUCAACUAGUUGAUCAUUAGCUGUCUAUCUUCUCACUAGGGAGGGGUAGAGGUCUGCCCUGCCAGUUGUUAGACCUAACAGGGCACCACACAAAUUGUCUCACUGCCAUUCUUCCCCUUUUUUUAAAACAGGGAAUUUGUUGUUGUUGUUAUUUAGUUUCAAGAUCCCCCUGUAAUGGUAAUGCUAGGUAGCAACCAUGGCCCAGCAAGCAGAGCAAUCUGCAGAAGGAAUCAAUGUCAGCUGAAAUUGGUUCUCGCUCUGGUUGAAGGAAGAAAGGCAAAAGAAAGGCUGGGGAAAGAGGUUGACGGUCUAGGAGCAUUUCCCUUGUGUUUUUCAAGGUGCCUUUGGCAGAGCGAAAGAUCUAUGGGUAAAUAUGCAUUCAGAGACUUCCUGGCAAGAUUUGCCCCUUUAGGAAUGAUGACUGCAAAAUGAUUUUUUUAACAGAAAACAUGUAUGUGGAGUGUGUGUGUGUGUUUGUAUGUAUGUAUACUCAUACAUACACACACAUAUACAUACAUAUAGUCUCCCAUAUUCUGGAAGAGACAGCGUGUCACUUGGGGAGGGGGGACAUUGGGAAUGAAUUAACUGCAUGCAUUUUGUUUCAGUUAAAUGAUCAGGGUGUAGCAAGACUGACUUGGCUGUUACAUUUGCUUUGGGAACAGCCUGAGACUGUAUUACAAUGCAAAUAAUGCAUUGAAAACUCCAUUGUAUGUGGGUUGGGUUGGGUGUUUGUGAUAACUCCUGAAGCCAUAACUUUUAACUGGAGUAGUUUGAUCAUUAUUUUUAAUUCUUAUUUUAAUGGGAGGGUCUGGAUUUUAACUUUUUUUACUAUUCUUUAUAAGAGAAGUAAAAUUGAUAAUUACCUCUCAUUCUGUUUAUAAAGAAAUCACUGCAAAAAAAACCUGAAAAAAUGCACACAGCUCAAUUUUACACUGGAACUGUUUCUACUCGAACCAUGAGCCCUGACUUCCAAGGGGGAGGCGUUGUCUUCUCUCUGAGACAGGGCUUUUUUUAAAAGAAUAUAAAACAUGAUGUGUUUGCUGUCUGUGGGUGUUUGUCACUUUGUCUGUCUCUCUUCCUCCCCUCCCUCAGUCCCUUCUCUUAUCCUUAACUGUGUCAAUGUGUAACACUGAAGAGUUGUUGCAUUGUGAAUUGGAGUCAAUUUUACAUGCUCCGUUUUGUUUGAAAUAAGCUGUUGCUUCCUCUAAGGCUGUUUUUGAAAAUCUCAGGCGUUCUUAUUCAUGAAAGAAGAUUUGGAAUCUGUGCUUCUGAUUGUAAAACUUGCCUUCCUUUGUGAUUUUGUUCAGAUCGUUUCUGAGCCAGAGGCUACCACCCAUCUCUAGCUAAGGGGUGCAGUUUACUAAAAUCGUCCCUAUAUCUCAGAUUUAAGAUGAAACCUUGAAGUUUAUGUAGAUCAUGUAUUCCUAUGUAAGAGAAAUGGCAUCUACAUUGGUAGCUGAGGAUAGUAUAUCACAAAGGUUGAAAUUUCGGAAUCAGGUAAUAGGAGAUGUGCAUAAUUCCAUUGUUGAGUCCCCCUUGAUUAAAAACAAAACAUAAACCUUCUUGUUAUGGAUAGUUUGGAGAGUUGUAGUGGCUGUGAAAUUAAUUUGGUGCUGAAAGGGCAAUCCUUCUCAUAGGUAUAUUACCCCAAGAAGUAUUUUUCCCAGAACACAUGUCCUGUUUCUGUUGUACACAUUACCUUUAUGAUAUUGUAAGCUGAGGUACACAUCCUAGAAGUACCUUUUCUUCAAAUCAUUGUAACUGACUUCCUGUAAAGGCAGUUUGAAUUGGAAUGUUAUUCUCAUUUAAUGUGUUAAAAUAAUUUGCUAUACACACAUAUACAUAUAUAGAUAUGUAGACCCUAUUAUCUCCUCCGUAUAUUAAGCCAACUGUGUGGUGCAUCUUGAAGUCUAAAAGGUAUAGACCAGUGGUUCCCAAACUUUUUCAGAUAACCGCCCCCUUGGUUCCACAAACUCAUGCCCAGUGCCCCCUACCCUACACUAUAAAAAUCAUUAUUCAGAAUAGCGGUUUUCAGCGACCCACUAAGGAAGAUAAUGACAAUAAAAUUCAAAACAGUAACAAUUAAUUGAAUAUUUAUUCAAAAUCCGAAGCACCCUCCGCAGGCUUACCAAGGGAGGGAGGGAAAAGAGAGCGAAUGCCUCUGUUUUGCAGCCGGGGUGGUGGGGCACACCAAGCAGGGUAUGUCUCUUCAUUCGCGUUUUGGUGCUUUUGAAACAUUUCAAUUCAAUUCAGGACUCUUCUUAAACAGUAUUAAUACAUGUGUGGAUUCUUCCCCUAUAUGGCUUGGGACCAAACUACCUUCUCCCAUAAAAAUGUCCCUGGGUUUUAAGACCUUCUGGAGAGGUGCUUUUCGGAAAAGACCACCCCGAGCACCCCCCUGCCACCCCCUUGCCUCUUAACGCCCCCCCCCCCAUGCAAUCCCACCGCCCCCAAGGAAGCGGUACCGCCCACUUUGGGAACCACUGGUAUAGACUAUAUCACAACAUUGGCUGAUAUUAGCUAUACAUUUAUCUGUAUACAUGACUGGCCUCAGGGACAGAAAUGAUCUGUGUGUAUUACUUUUUCAUCACUCUGCCCGAAAAGCUUUGGAAAUGUGCAGCAGAAACAUAGGAAUAAAUUUGCUCAAUUCCAAUCUACAGCCAUAUCAGAAGAGGAAUAAGGCAGUUCUCUAAAGGGCAUAGAAAAGCACUACAGCAUUUCAGCAGUGCAUGGCUAAAUGCUCAUUGAGAACAUUUCUGUAUUUUAACAGAUACCUGCCCAGUGGCAUGUGGAAGUUAGCUGUAGAUGCAAAUUACAAUGGGUUGAAGAAGGGUAAAUUUCCCUGGUUCCACUUCAAUGGAUACAAAAAUACAUUGGAAUAGAAAAUGUUAUGUCAAAUUCACAGGACUGUUAUUCCUCAACACCCCCCUCCCCAUUGUUCAAAGAAGUUGGUAGGUUCCUUCACAAAUUGGACCAAUAACUAUCAUGAUAAAUUAAUUUUAAAGUGAACAAACAACUAGACACAAUUGCACUACUUGGUGUGUGUUUGUCUUUUCUUAAUACAUGAAAAAUUAAUUCAGAAAAGCAGGAGUAAUACAUAAUUGUACAGUGAUCUGCCAAGAUCCUUUAAAAAGCUGAGGGCACAUAGGAGAAUAAUGGAGAAGAAUAGCCUCCACGAGUUAUCCAUAAAGUUCAGUGAUCUGAGUAACCCAGCUUCUUGCAGGUCACAGGAUAGAAUUCUAGUUCUUUAGUCCAGUCGGGGAAUAACCAACCAGAUUCAUCUUGGCAUCAAAUAGAUAUGGAAGUGUCUGGUGGCAUCAGACCACCAAAUGGAAGAGGUCAUUUGCAUUCCCCUUAAUCUUCAAAUCUAGAAGGUAGAAGUUCUUGAUUGGUGCUGUUAGAUUCUGGCAAGUGGCACACUGGUUUCAGAAUAGAUCAUUUUUGGUACUGUUGUUUGUCUCCUCCCCACUCCCUCUUUUCCUCUUUCCUGCCCUCCUACCCCUGACACCUACUUGACCUUUAUAUUUGUUUCAGGUUUUGUAUGUUUUAUUAGAAAAAGACUGUAAAAUAGCCACUUAAGACACUUUACCUCCUCAGUAUGCAAAUGUAAAUACAUGUAAUAUAGGAAAGAAAACUUUUGUUUUAAUAUAAGAAUGAGGCUGUCCAAUUUUCUGUUGUAUAUUAUUAAAAGUUUGUUUUUAUUCA